GCUGGUUAUAUUCCACAGUAUCAGCUGAAGGGAGAGUUGUAGGCAUUCAUACUCACUUCACAGUCACUAGCUACGAUACACAUAGUCCUUGAUCAGAGAGCUGUCCUCUAGACUGUGCUAGAUAGGUGUUGUCGGCAAGAGAAGCGUUCGUAAUGCCGUCUCCGACCAGCUUCUAUCGGUAUAUGAUGCUUAUGACGUCUGGGUUCAUCGCCACGGCCGGAUAUACGAGAUCGACGGUGCUCCUGGAGUCGUCGAGAGGAUGCGAUAAGGAUGAUGGAGACAACAGCGACGAUGCGUCCACGGAAGACACGCUGAGGGUGUUGAGACAGUGGUUCCAGUGGUCGAAAGUUGCUCACACGACCGACGCCGAGGUGCUAAUCAAGGAACAAAAUUCGAACAAUGGGCCUUUAAUCAACGAGCUCAGGCUGAAGGAGAAGUACGCUGCGCCAAAGUACCCCGUUGUGCUCUGCCAUGGGCUUUCAGGCUUCGAUAAGCUGAUGGUUAUACCUUCUCCUGCCUAUCUAAUAGGCCUUAGCAAGCAUAAUCCCUCUGCAAGAAGAGACUUUAUAGUUGCUGACAGGGACGGAGUUGCGCUGGAAUAUUGGUAUGGGAUCAAGGAGGCCUUGGAGUCCAAGGGAACAACUGUGAUGGUUGCGAAGGUGCCUGGCUUUGGAAGCAUCGAGGAGAGGGCCUCCAUCUUGAACGACUUCAUCACCAAAGAAGUGGAAAGAUUGAGACACAGGCCUAAGGAUGACAUCUAUAAUGCUCAAAAUCAAAGUGAGCAAACGUUCAAGCAAAAAGGUGAGAAGAUGAAGAUCAACCUGGUGGCUCACUCAAUGGGUGGGUUGGAUGCUCGUUACCUCAUCUCCGAGUUGGAGAAUGCAAACUAUGAAGUGGUCAGCCUGACUACAGUAACAACACCUCAUAGAGGCUCAGAGAUGGCUGACUACGUAUUGGACUUAUCCGAGAAACUUCCCAACAGGGUCCAGAUACCAUUGCCACCAAGUUUCAAGCAGUUGACGACUGAACAUAUGAAGAGGUUCAACCAGCAAGUUAAAGACGACCCCAAAGUUCACUACUUCAGUUACGGUGCAGAGUUCAACCCUGCUUGGUACAACAUCUUCUACGCAAGCUGGAGUAUAAUAAACUCCAGAGCUGGUCCUAACGAUGGAAUGGUGAGUGUAGAAUCGUCUAAAUGGGGCAGCUAUCUAGGUACUCUGAUGAACGUUGACCAUCUGGAUCUCAUCAACUGGACAAAUGGGUUUAAACAGAUUAUGAGUUCAUUAACACCAGGUACAAGAGGCCCUCAGAUCGAUAGUGUUGCCUUGUACCUGGAAAUCGCAGACAACCUUGCCAAAAGAGGCCUCUAGAGGCUUCACAACAGCUUACAUGAGAAUACAAAAUAGACUUACACCUGAUUAUAAAUACGUUAUAUACCAUGGUUAUUAUAUUCUUUAGAAUAACAAUCCAUUGACGAUAGAGUCGUAGUCCCGUGA